AUGUCAAAGAAUGUAUCAGUUGCUCGUCUUGUGCCUUGGUCACAAGUCUGCAAAAUGUUGGACAUAGUUCAGUCUGCUGUAAAGGGAAACAAAAAGGAAAUGCUUUUGAAAUUCAUCACACAGUAUCGAGAUCUUCUCAGGAAGAGUACAGAACGAAAUCCACAAGCUAUACAUCGCCCUAACUCUGUGGACAUGCCAGGGCUACCGCGUCGGGAGCGAGUGCGGCUAAAGAAGCGAGCUCGAGAACUACGAGUAGGAACAUUAAAUUUUGGUACAAUGACAGGAAGAGGGCGGGCAAUAGCUGACCUUAUGAAAACAAGACAAGUAGAUAUUCUCUGUGUACAGGAGACAAGAUGGAAAGGUAACAAAGCGAGGGAACUUGGGGAAGGGUAUAAGAUGUUCUAUAGCGGAGCAAAUAAAGAAGGCAGGAAUGGUGUUGGAAUAAUUCUGUCAAGUGAAAUGAAGAAGGAAAUCGUUGAAGUAAAUAGAAGAAAUGAUAGGAUUAUUUGGGUCAGGCUGAUGGUUGAAAAUUGCACUGUUAACAUCUUUAGUGCAUAUGCACCCCAGAUAGGAUGCUCAGAUGAAGAGAAAGAUCACUUCUGGUCGGACUUAGAGGAGGAAAUGGAAAAGGUACCAGCAGAUGAAAGAUGCCUUGUCGGGCGGGGAUCUGAAUGGGCACGUAGGCCAAAUAAACCAUGUGAUCAGCCGCAGUUUAAAGAAAAAGUAUUAGAGGAACUAACUCAUGAAAUUGGGGAUGUUGAUGAAUGGUGGAACAGAACGAUGGAAAUAAUACUGAGGGUUGCUAGAGAAAUAUUGGGUGAGAGUAGUGGCAAGAUGUUCGAAAAUAAGGAAACGUGGUGGUUCAGUGAAGAAGUGAAGGAUGCAACAAAGCAAAAGAGAGAAGCAAAGAAAAGGUGGGAGGGGACCCAAAUGGAAGAGGACUGGAUGGCCUAUAAGGAAGCAAAUAAAUUAGCAAAGAAAACUGUAGCAAUUGCUAAGGAUAGAGCAUAUGAUCAGCUUUACAAAGAGCUAGAUACCCAGGAAGGGCAAGGAAAGAUAUUAAAACUAGCACACAUGAGAAAUAAGAAUACCAAGGAUAUAACACACAUAAGACAGAUUAAGGAUGGAAAUAUACUGAGAAAUGAGAGACAUAAUAAGGAGAGGGGAAGACUAUUUUGA